UUGUUUUUGUUUUAAUAUUAGAGUUCCCCGCCAAUCUCGUUUGUAAUGUUUUUGGGAGUUCUGAUGAAUUGCUGUAGCAUUAUCUACAUGUCAUUGUAAUAUAGUGGACUUAAAGUUAUGCUACAUCAUAGAUAUAAUGCGUGUCAAUGCACCAUUAAGACCGUAGGAAUUUAGUCUUGAAUUAUCUUUCAAUAAAUGAGUGGAUAUUUGUAAGGGAUUGCUAAAUGUAAUCGAUUACAACUUUCAUUAAAUCGGCCGUUUAUUUGCAUCUAAACGCAUGAAAAUGUACCCAGUACUGAUAAAAUGUUUAAUUUUUAUUGUAAUUUUUUUAAAUGUUAGCCAGUGUGUAGUGGAUCCUAUUACUGCAUUAGGUACUAUUGGUGGAUUUGCUGGAAUUGCUGGAUUUGCUGGAUUUGCGUAUUUGUACUGCAAAUAUGAAGAAUGUUGCGACAAAAACUGGAUUGCUGUUGAUUUAAAUGCUUUAGAAAGUGAGUUGAACAGUAAACUUUUUGGACAACAUUUGGUGAAGUUUGUUAUUCCAAAGGCUAUAGCAGGUCAUGUAAAAAAGAAGAAUCCACCAAAAGCAUUGGUCCUGUCUUUCCAUGGAUGGACUGGAACUGGGAAGAAUUUUGUUAGUGAUAUCAUAGCUAACACUUUGUUCAAAAAGGGCUUAGAAAGUCAGUAUGUUCACAAGUAUAUUGGACCUUUACAUUUUCCUCACAAGCAAGACAUUUUGAAAUAUAAAGAUAAACUCCGAACAGAAAUUCCGAAGUUUACAAAACAUUGUGAGAAAUCAUUAUUCAUAUUUGAUGAAGUAGAUAAAAUACCUGCUGGUGUACUAGAUGUUCUGACUCCUUUCUUAGAUUAUCAUGACUCGGUGGAUGGAGUAGAUUACAGAAGAAGUAUAUUUAUAUUUCUUAGCAACUCUGGUGGUAGUAAUAUUACAAAAAUUGCUACGCAAUUUUGGGCUGAAGGUAAAGAGAGGGAAAUGAUUUCUAUAAAAGACAUGGAGCGUCUGAUAAGUAGUGGAGCAUAUAAUGAGAUAGGUGGAAUGCACCGUAGUGAAAUUGUGAGAAAACAACUGAUUGAUAUAUAUGUGCCAUUUUUGCCUUUGGAAAAGAAACACGUGAAGCAGUGUAUUAAAUCAGAACUCUUGAGUCGAAAGUUAAAAGUUGAUGAUGAUUCUGUUAACAUUAUAGCAAAUCAGCUGUUAUAUGAGCCUUCUAAUAUUGAGCUUUUCUCAACUUCUGGUUGUAAAAAAAUAAGCCAAAAAAUAGAUAUUUAUAUUUAAAAUUACACUGUAAUAAAUCUAUGAUAAAAUGUAAAAAGAGGUGUUGCCAGUGGCUGCAUCCAGGCAUGUAACGUAUAGAGAAACAUACCUGUGUAUCUGAUUUUGUAAUUGCUAAUUGUGUAUUUUUAAUCAUAAUUUUGUAUUUAGCUGAUGAACUCAUUUUUAGUUAGUUAUAAAACUGGUAAUUGAAUAAUAGUAAGUCUUCCUCAAAUAAGUUUUUACAAAAAUAAGAUAUUUAUUUUGAUAUUGUAAUUGGUUACUCAAAUGUGAAAUGAGUUUAACAGAGGUGAGUUGUGCAGUGUGAAUGAUAGAAUUUUGUAAUCAUAAUUUGUAACUUUUUAAAAUGUAUAUAUAAAAUCAUUUUUUUUUUACCUUUUUCAAUUAAAAAAUGAAUUUAUCAUAAAUUAUUUUUUCAUAGUGAAAAGUAUACAAGUGAAACUGUGAGCCGUAAUUUUAUUUUCUCAGUGUGUUUACUGGUUGUAAAAUGUUUUUAUAGGAUUAAUUAUAAGUACUGGUUGCAAAAUGUUUUUAUAACGAAUUUUUGAAACACUAAAUUUUAAUUUAUACAUCCAUUUUAGUAAUUAAAAACAUGAUUUCUUUUGCAAAGUUUUAUUAAACUUGCUGAUGAAAUUUUUAAUUACUUCCUAUAUUUCCCUUAUUUCUUAAUGUUUAUAGAGGAGUGAUGGUGAUGCAAAAAUUACAUAAUGAUGUUACAUUAAUAAAAAAAACAUUUACUAACUA